GGGGUGGGUGGGUGAGUGAGUGACGUGACGCUGCCGGAGGGGUCCGGGGCCGCUCGGUGCCUGUUAUUGUUCUCGCCGCCGCCGUCGCCGCGUACUCCUUUCCCCGGCGCUUCGGGGAGCGGUGGGAGGGCAGCAGCCGCAGCAGCAGCCACCACCACCGAGCAAACCUCGGCGGCACUAAGGGCGGAGCGCGAGCCCUGACAGCGGGGGCGGAGCGCGCGCCAGGCGAGGAGCGAGAGCCGGAGCAGCCGCGCGGCCAUGGCCUACGCGUAUCUCUUCAAGUACAUCAUCAUCGGGGACACAGGUGUUGGGAAAUCAUGUUUAUUAUUACAGUUCACAGACAAGCGGUUUCAACCAGUCCACGAUCUCACUAUUGGUGUAGAAUUUGGGGCUCGAAUGAUAACUAUUGAUGGUAAACAGAUAAAACUUCAGAUAUGGGAUACGGCAGGACAGGAGUCCUUCCGUUCCAUUACAAGGUCAUACUACAGAGGGGCAGCAGGGGCUUUACUAGUGUAUGACAUUACAAGGAGAGACACUUUCAACCACUUGACAACUUGGUUAGAAGAUGCUCGUCAGCAUUCCAAUUCCAACAUGGUUAUAAUGCUUAUUGGAAAUAAAAGUGAUUUAGAAUCUAGACGAGAAGUCAAGAAAGAGGAAGGCGAAGCAUUUGCACGAGAGCAUGGACUUAUCUUUAUGGAGACAUCUGCCAAAACUGCUUCUAAUGUAGAAGAGGCUUUUAUUAACACUGCGAAGGAGAUCUAUGAGAAAAUCCAGGAAGGGGUUUUUGACAUUAAUAACGAGGCAAAUGGCAUAAAAAUUGGCCCUCAACAUGCUGCAACUAAUGCAACGCUUGCAGGCAAUCAGGGAGGACAACAAGCUGGAGGAGGCUGCUGUUGAGCCUGUUUUUACUUUCUGGCUGCCUGGAUGGGGCCUACUAACUUGUUUGUUCACCCUUCCCUCCCCCUCCGCCCCGCUCGCCUCCACUUCAAUUCAACUGAGACAUGAAACUUGUAAGUUGGUUUCCUGUUGCAGAAGACGACUUUAUCCUUCAAAUUCUUGUAUAACUUUGAAUAAAUGGUUAAUGUUCACUUAAAGACAGAUUUUGGAGAUUGUAUUCAUAUCUAUUUACAUUUGAUUUCUAGGUCAAUUGAUGUGAUUCUUUUUGUUAAAUGUUGUCUUGUGCCCUUGACUACGAACUGAAUUGUAUUAAACACUACAAAGUCAUCUGAGUAUUUUAAUCAGUUUGUGUAGUUAGGUUUCCCAGCUCCUGCGGUUACCUAAUGUUUAAUAUUGUAGAGCUGUCCUCAAGUUUUUUGUCAAUUUUCAAGGCUAUAAAGAGAAACGGAAGGACUCUUUUAAUUCUGUAUUUAUCACUUUCUGUAUAUAUAGUUUAAUAACCUGCUUGGGUGUACUUGCCAAGCUAGAAUUCUUUAAUGCAUUUGCAUAAAUUCUAUACUACUUAGAGCUUGAAAACUACAGAAGCAUUAAUAGAAAUUGCUUGGACGCUAAAUUUUAAGCCUUUUUGACAUUGUUAGCAUGUUCAUACUCCCCAGUCAUUAUCCUGAAAUCCAAGAGAAAUGCUUAAUGUAUAUUACUAGAGGCUUCAUACGUGCUAUCUAUUUUAAUGCCAAAUGUUUGCUGUUUGUCCACAAUUUCCACAGCACCUCUUCAGAAAUGGAUUAGCUGUUUGCCUUAACGAAUACUAUAGGUAAAAGAAGAGUAUGAAUGAGAAGUAGAGGAGGAGUUGAUAAAUUUAAAAUGGCACAUUAUAAAAACAUUAAUCUUUUCUUAAUUUUUUUUUUGUUGUUUACCACUUGAUUUCUAGGUAUAUUUUUCAUGCAAGGACAGUUUUUCAACCUAAAUGUACAGUGGUUGUGUAAAGUUUUCUUUUAGUGACAACUUGUAAUCCUAAAUAUAUGGUAAGCAUCUUGUCUAUUGUGAAGAGGGUGUGAAAAUAAAAUCUGCCAGUUUGGAAAUUCUGAUGAAAAUCAAAACUAGAAAUGCUUUGGUAC